AUGAACAAGACCAGCUCUACACAAAGCCGCGGGUUCAAGACCGAGUUGACCGACUACUCUAUCGUCCACGCUGAACAGAGUGGUCCUUAUGCAAAGGAUUUGGAAGUAGAUGCUCUGGUCGUGGGAGCUGGCUUUGCUGGCAUCUUUAUGCUCAAAACCCUCCGGGAUCAAGGACUCAAGACUGUCAUUUACGAAGCUGGCAACGACACGGGCGGCACCUGGCGUUGGAACUGCUACCCGGGCGCCAGGGUCGACUCUGAAGUGCCCGAGUACGAGUUCUCUUGGCCCGAAGUGUGGAAGACGUGGAAUUGGAAGACCAACUACCCAUCGUACCAAGAUCUGCGAGACUAUUUUGAUCACGUCGACAAGAUUCUCAACAUCAAGAAGGACUGCUCGUUCAAUACCGUUGUCGUCGGUGCUGAGUUUGAUACUGGAGCUGGCAAGUGGACCAUUCGAACUGAGGAUGGUCGUACCGCGAAAGCAAAGUAUCUCAUCUUGGGCACUGGAUUUGCUGCCAGGCGUUACAUUCCCGACUGGAAAGGCAUCGAAAAGUUUGAAGGUGUGAUCCACCAUUCCUCGUUUUGGCCUGACGAGGAGAUUGAUGUCCGAAACAAACGAUGUGCGAUCAUCGGUACCGGCGCAUCAGGUGUCCAGAUUGCUCAGACCUGGGGACCCAAGGCAGGCCACGUCAAGGUCUUCCAACGCACCCCAAACCUGGCCAUUCCGAUGCGCCGAAAGGAUCUUUCAGUCGAGACGCAGAAAAUCCAUAAGGAAUUGUAUCCAGAGAUGUUCAGACUCCGCGAGACGACAUUUGCUGGAUUUCGCUACGACUGGUCUGAGAAGAAUACCUUUGAUGAUACGCCCGAACGUCGACGGGCUACAUAUGAACAGGCCUGGACCGAGGGCGGCUUCCGGUUUUGGGUUUCAAUCUACAAGGAUAACCUCUUCAGUGGAAAGGCUAAUGUGGAGUCUUACAAGUUCUGGGCCGAGAAAACCAGAGCCCGGAUUCAGGAUCCGAAGAAGCGAGACCUUCUUGCGCCUCUUCAGAUGCCGCAUUACUUUGGCAUCAAGAGGCCUUGCUUAGAACAUGACUACUUUGAGCAGUUCAACCGGCCAAACGUCGAAAUCAUCGAUAUCAAGGCUAAUACUGUCAAGGAAUUCACCAAGACUGGCCUUGUUCUCGAGGACGGCACUCAUCAUGACUUGGAUGUCGUCGCAAUCGCUACUGGGUUUGACGUUGUCACUGGAGUCAUGACCCAGCUUGGUGUCAAGAGCAUUCACGGGACUCGCCUACAAGACGAGUGGAAGGGUGGUGCGAAGACAUACCUGGGGACCAGCGUCAGUGGUUACCCAAACAUGUUCCACAUUUACGGCGCCCACGCGCCCACGCUCAUGUGCAACGGACCCUCAAAUGUUGAGAUCCAGGGCCGCUGGGUGCUGGAUAUGAUCCUGAAGAUGGAGCAAAACAACAUCAAGUAUGUCAAUCCGAAGUCCCAGGCUGCCGACGAGUGGAAGCAGCAUGUCAUCGACCUUAACAACAAGACGCUGUUCCCUACGACAAGCUCUACAUACAUGGGCGGGAGCGUGCCUGGCAAGGCCUAUGAGCCUGUUUGCUAUUCUGGUGGAUUGCCUGCUUAUAAGGCGGAGAUUAGGCAGGCGCUGGAUAGCAUGGAGGGAUUCGAAAUUGUCAAGAAGUAG